AUGGCGACCCUGCAGCUGCAGCUGCUGCUGCUGCUGGCGGCGCGCGCCACCUGCUUCAACGUGGACUCGCGCCGGCCGCUGGUGUGGCCCGCGCGCCGCCCCGCCGGCCUCUACGGCUACUCGGUGGCGCUCGUGCACCGCGCCGGCGAGCACAGGUUGCUGGUGGGCGAGCCCAGAGGCAACUCGACCUACAGUCGCAGAUGGAAGGAGCCCGGGGCGGUGCACCAGUGCCGGAUCAGGGACUUCGCAUGCGAAGAACUGUUUCUCGAAGUCUUGGGUAACGGGGUGGAGGACCGAACAGGUGGCUACGCGUAUCACAGUAACAACGACCACGCCUGGCUCGGGGCUACCAUAAGUGUUCUGCAGAUUCCUGAUAGUCCAGUGGUGGUGUGCGCGCCGCGCUGGAAGAACGCAGUCUUCCCCGGCCACUACCUCAUGCAAGGCAUGUGCCACGUGCUGCCCGCAGAGCCGGCGCCGGCAAGCCACGCCACGAAGAUAUUCCCUCUGAACGACCACCGACGGCUCAGCUACCCUGCGCCAUUGAAACGAGGACGGAAGCAGCCGGAGGUGCCGUUCUAUGCUUACGGCGAGGCUGGCCUCUCUGCGCACCUGACCGAGGAUGGCUCGGAACUUCUGAUUGGAGCUCCUGGGGUUUUUGACUGGGCAGGUACAAUUAUUGUUUAUCGCAAUAUUACAAAUGACCUAGAAAAUUUCCGCAUCCCCAAUCCAAUCAACACGCCGUCAAAGCAAGGUCCACACCACUACUUUGGCUAUGCUGUCACGUCGGGAAAGUUCUUCUCGCGAUCCGAAACCCUGUACGUGAGCAGCGCUCCGCGGGCCGGUCAACUACGUGGCAAGGUGUUCGUGUUCGGGCUGGCGGCGCGCGAGGCCGGGCCCCUGGCGGUGCGCGCCGAGGCGGCCGGGCGGCAGCUGGGCGAGUACUUCGGCGCGGCGCUGUGCGCGGCGGACGUGGACGGCGACGGCCUGGACGACCUGCUGGUGGGGGCGCCGCGACGCUCGCUGCAGCGCGACGAGGGCCGCGUCUACGUGUUCUCCGGCCGGACCCAGGGCCGACUUAUAGAAAUGACAGACGAGAAUGAAAUAGUAGGCGACAGGACACCUGGAGCUAAUUUUGGCUCGAGUAUUGCUUCCAUGGGAGACAUUAAUAAGGAUGGCUACCCAGAUAUUGCAGUGGGAGCGCCGUACGGCGGCGAAGAUGGAAGGGGCGCUAUCUUCAUUUACCACGGACACAGGAAUGGAUUAAGAGACAAGUAUAGUCAGCGAAUACUCGGCUCUGACAUCAGCAAGUCCAUUCGUGGGUUUGGAAUCAGCAUCUCAAAUGGGCUGGAUAUUGAUGGUAAUGGGUACAAUGAUGUGGCCGUGGGCGCCCACCUGUCGGGCCAUGCGGCAGUGCUGAGGACCAGGCCCGUGGUGGCGGUGCGGGCGAGGCUCACCUCUGACGCUGCCAGCAUCGCCGCCGACUCCUCCAGCUUCCAGGUGGCAUCUUGCCUCAGCUACACGGGGCAGCACGCUCCUCCCGCGAUAGAUGUGCGUAGUUCCCUGGAGGUGGACCCACAACUCUCGAGAGCCUUCCUGCCUGCGGAGCCCUACAACUCCAACAAACACAUCGAAGAUGUCGUCGUGUUCAGCACCAACACCAGCUGUAAGAACUUCACUGUCAGCAUUAAGGAAGGACAAAAAGACUUAUCUAAGCCUAUAGAAGUGAAACUGGAUUACACUUUACAUGAUGAUGUCACCAUUAACUCUAGGAAGAAGCGUGGUGCUGCAGAAGAUUUUUGCAAGGACUGCCCCAUGUUGGACCCAAGUCAACCAACAUCUGUUAUACUGCGGGUGCCGUACGCAAACGAAUGUGGACAAGAUGGCCUUUGCAGCACGAAUCUCAGGCUUCAAGCUGAGCUUGUCAGUACUGCGAAGCCCCUGGUGCUGGGCAACCAGAGCACAGUGUCCGUGAAGGUGAGAGUGGAGAGCCUGCUGGACCCAGCCUUCCAGGCCCGUGCCAUCCUGGAGGCGCCCCGGUCCGUGUCCCUCGUCAGGAUGCCGUCGUCGUGCCGCAAGGUCUCCACUGCAACGCAGCUGCGCGUCGAGUGUGAUGUCGGUGACCCUCUGACCUCCAGCGCGGGUCCAAGAAACUUUGCUGUAGAUCUCGGCGUGACGGACGUGUUAGGAAAUACGUCUGAGCUGGUGUUCAACAUCACGGCAGUGAGCGCAGGUCUGGAGCAGAGACCUGAAGACAACAGCAAGCUCUUAACACUGGCUGUACGUGCAUUUUCGGACAUCAGGACCUCAGGGACAUCCGAACAAGACACUUUUUACUUCAGAAAAACCAACGAAAAGGAUAAUGAAGUGAUGUUCAUUCAUUACUACCAGGUAAGAAAUUAUGGCCCCAGCAAUGUUGACUCGUUGCAGCUGAAAUUUAGAGUUCCUAUUGAAGUGGUAACUGCAGAAGAGACCAUUGUAUUCAACAAGCUGUAUCUUCCCAAUGCCUCCCUCAGUGGCCAGCAGAUGUCCUGCUCUGCGAGCAGACUGCAGUUGUUCGAGGAAAACACGGCCCUGGACCGCUGGCUGGAGUCUGCCCACGCCUCAGCACCAGCCGCAGAAACACUGUUCCUCGACUGCAGCCAGCAGCGCGUCCGCUGUGUCACCGUCACGUGUCACCUCCUGGCACCUCUCUCGCCCUCUAAGACGGCCGUGGCCGUUUAUCUGCACAUGCGCACCAGCUUACAGCGCUUGGCUCCAAUUUUGGGAAGGAGAGAAGUUAUAAUACUGUCAACUUUGGGAGGUGUGUGGAACCAAAGUGAAUCCAGUUUGCCACAUAUGGAAAGUUUCGCGAUGAAGACGGUGGAGACAGUCUUCAGGUUGAAGACCACCAGAGGCAACUUGGAGACGUGGGUGCUUGCCAUUGCGACGGGGACUGGCAUGCUACUGUUCCUGCUACUAGUGAUGGCACUCUUGAAGUUGGAAUUCUUUUGCCGAAGUAGAGAAGAGGAAUUUGAUGAUUUUAAAAACAACUUUGAGUCUGAUGGCAAUGCUGAAGAUGAUACUUCGUACGAAGACAAAGGAUUGUAUGCCUCAUCACAUCUUUCCAGUUUAUUUUUCAAGAAGGCAUGAACUCUAACAAUUGUUGUUUUUAUAACUUUUAAAAGAUUUUAUGUUGCAUAGAAGGUUGUUGUUUGUGUUUUAAAUGGAGACAAGAGGAACAUUUUUAAUACAAAAUUUUGAUACAAAAAAUUAAAUCCCUG